AUGUAUGGUCUUUACCCCUCUUCAGCACCAGGUGCUACUUCAUACUACGGCGUCCUAAAAAUCACCGACAUCCAACACGCAGAUGGCAGCCCCAUCAAAGUCCAAAAGACACUCAACAUCGCUUUCAAGGCACCCGUGGCAAUUAUUGGGAACCAAGAUUUCAAUCUGACGCUUGAUCCUUGGGUAGAGAUCACUCCCACAACCACCAACAACGAGAUAGACCCGUCGACGUUUGACGUAGCGGCAAAACUGCCGUUCCCUAAGCCUUAUACGAUUAAUGAUCGGUUCGCCAUUGAUAUUAGCUUCGGUGGUGAUAUAACGGAGGACACCAAGCGCUAUAUUGAGUCAAUUGUGAUCACUCAGGAUUCCGAAUAA